GUGGUAUACAACUCAUGAAGGGAAACGGAAGAAAUAUAUAAAAUAUUAUAGUGGUUAGAAUCGUAUUUGUCUAUACUAAUGGUUUGUAUAGUUUAAUUUCACAGUUUUACGUAUUUGAUAUUGUAGUCUUUGUAUGAAAUCAAGGGGAUCUACGUGUUUGGGUACCCCCACUGACCGUGUCUGCCUGCAUAUUGAGAUUCGAAAUUCUGACAGCAAACAAGACUAAGAAAUAUCUUGGCUUUCUCGGCUCGGUUUACUCAGCCGAUCGUCGCGGAUUCCACCGAGCUGCCGCGUAGCCGUGCCUUCUUUUUUUUGUCUUCAUCUUCGCACAACCAAUGUGGCUGACCUUUUCUUAACCCAAUCUGCAUGGUGAUUAACCAAUACAAAUCACCUCCAACAAGCAUCAUGGCAUCGAAAGACACCGCUCCUGAGAAGCAGGAUAGCUUCAAGGCCCAGCUUGACAGAGCAGCUACGGGCAUGAACCAAAGCAGUUACAGUGCACAAGGAGUGUUGGAUCGUGUUGUUGAAACGGUAGGGGAAUAUGUCCCCGCCGUAUCUAGCAAAUUGAAAGAAUGGACAGCAACAAGCAGCAAUGCUCAAGAGCUGGGCAAGGACGAAACAACACCAGACUCGGCGUCGUCAAUUUCCACAAGAUCAAUCGAACGGCCACUGCACGACGUGCAGAUCGAGGAGUUCCUACGGGAGCAACACCGCAAUAAGAACGGAGCCCAGUUGCUAAAAGCAGCAAAAGGUUGAAUUCUGCUUUUCUGGGCAGCAGGCCGGAUAGAUUUGCGUUUUGAGAUUAGCGACUUAAUGCUUAACAAUUGGACUUUCUUUCAACCCUGGUUUCACUGAUGUGGUGAUGGCCGACGCGAUACCAUGCAGGAACGUGACGGCGACGAUGCCAUUUGGCAGCUAACGGUAAUCGUGCGACCAGAGUCUCGAGAGCACAUAGACUAUCACGUAGGCAAAAAUUAAAACAUAAAUACACUUCAUCAUAGACAAAGAGAUGUCCCCCCUUCUUGGCAUUAUCUCGCCUACAGGAUUUCGCCGUCCCCGUCAAAGGAUGGCGAUCUUGCGAGAAAUUUCCUAUAUCCAAGGGUUUUACUCUUCUGAGCGAGCUCCUGUGAAGGAGCUGGCAACUCGACACCGUGGGAUAAACUAGGUGAAGGUCGUGGCUGCUCAGGUGCU